CGCUGGAGGGAGAUUUGAGCGGCGCGUGGGGAACGGUCGGCCUCGAACUUCGCUGAGGACCGUGGCGGUUGAUUUGUUCUCCGUGCUGUCGUUACAGUUGACUUCUUGCCAUCAUGGAAUCGGACAGUGACAUAAAAACGACGUCGAGAGGGUUUCACUGCGUCCUGUGCAAUGUCAACUUACCAAACAUGCCAAGUCUGGAUCAGCAUGUCAAAGGGCGGAAACACCAGACACUGAGCACCGUGCGGGCCUCCAGGAAGACCCAGGAGGAGCGUAGUGUGUUUGUCAGUGGUAUCAAGCCUGACAUCUCUCAGACUGACAUAGCUGAAUACUUCCAGAAGUUUGGGUCAGUCACAGAUGUCAUCAUGGAUAAAGACAAGGGUGUGUACGCCAUCGUGCAGUUCAGUGACACCAAGAGUAUAGAGGCAACCCUGUCCUUUGUUGAGCAUCAGAUGAAGGGCCUGAAGCUCCGUGUCAAACCCCGGGAAAAGAAGGAGUUCAAGUUCAUUCCCAAGAAGAAGAGUGACUCCCAGAACCUCCAACGUGUUCUCGACCAUCUCAAACCUGAGCUGUGUCAGUUGAUGUCUGUGAAUGCACAGAUGCAGCUUGUUGUUGAGCGAUUUCAGCUGGGAGAAAACGAAAAGAAGGCCAGAGGCUUGCUGGUUCAGCUCCUGCAAGAGGUUUUCGUAGAGUUUUUUCCAGACAGCCAGAUUCUGCCAUUUGGUUCAUCUGUCAACACUUUCGGCAUCCACUCCUGUGACUUAGACCUCUUCCUGGACCUGGAAAACACCAAGGUUUUCCAGGCUCGUGCCAAGUCCACAUCAGAACAGGCAGGGGAGGGCAUGUCAGAUGAUGGCUGCUCUGAGGACUCCAUCCUGUCUGAUAUUGACUUGUCCACAGCCUCACCGGCACAGGUCCUGGACCUUGUGGCGGCGAUCCUGAAGCGCUGUGUCCCCGGUGUGCACAAAGUCCACGUGGUCAGCAGCGCUCGUCUCCCUGUGGUCAAGUUCCAUCAUCGUGAGCUUAACCUGCAGGGGGACAUCACCAUUAACAACAGGCUAGCAGUAAGGAACACCCGCUUCCUCCAGCUGUGUUCAGGGAUGGAGGACAGGCUGAGACCUUUGGUGUACACCAUCCGCUACUGGGCCAAGCAGAAACAGCUGGCUGGGAAUCCGAGUGGUGCCGGUUCACUCCUCAACAACUAUGCUCUGACACUGCUGAUCAUCUUCUUCCUGCAAAACUGUGAGCCUCCUGUCCUCCCCACAGUGGACCAACUCAAAGACAUGGCCUGUGAGGAAGAAGAGUGUGUGAUUGAGGGCUGGAACUGUACCUUCCCCAGUCAGCCCAUUUCUGUGCCCCCUAGCAAGAACACACAGGACCUCUGCACCCUGCUGUCUGGCUUCUUCUCCUUCUAUGCAUCUUUUGAUUUUGCCAGUAGUGUCAUAUCUGUCAGGGAGGGGCGUGUACUCCCAAUCACUGAUUUCUUCAGUCAGAAGAAAGAGGAGGAGGCCAUGCAAGAGGAGCAACCCACCACGACCUCUCACCACAGUCCUAAACUGGGUCCACUAAAUCUCUUGGACCCCUUUGAACUCUCCCACAACGUAGCUGGAAACCUGAAUGAACGCUCGCAGCGCUGUUUCCAGAGGGAGUGCCGGGAGGCUGAGAAGUAUUGUCGCAGCCUGCAGUACCAGCGCAAAUCCACCAAGGGGAAGUCAUGGGGGCUGGUGCGCUUAUUCACCCCCCAUGGGGAUGUCCCACAAACCAAAGCAGAGCAGCUGACCAUCAGCAUCCCCUUCAAAUCAGCGUCGCUCCCUGAAGUGCUGCGUAAUCAGCUGUACAUGGCGGGAGAUGGUUUCCAUCUGCUGUGGUUUCAGAAGGUCUGCGCCGCUGUGGAGGGAGUACUCAAAAGUGUUCUCAGGUGUCACCUUGCUCCCUCCACAGACGCCGCCUUCGGUGAGGAUUCGGCUGUCCAUGCUGCAGAGGAAAUGGAAAGCGCCUCGGCUUCCCUCAACACAACAAUGAACGACAGCCGUGACAGCGUUGAAUCCCAAAAUGAAGCCAGCCCUCUGGGUACAGCCGGGGUUGGCACCAAGAGGCGGCUGUCUUCUUGCAGCGAUGCUUCUAUGUCACCUCAAGGCAAAAAACCAAGAAUGGCGAGAAGGGGCAAGCCUGAUUUCCCCCACUGGAUCUGCCUGCAAAAGCACGUAGUGUGGGCUGGCAGGAGGAAAGUGAGAAGGGAGCUGAUCAAAGAUACAGACUCGAGGCCAGAGGGCAGCUGUAUGGAGCUGGAGUCCCAGGUCACAGCUCACAUCACUGAAAAAGAGCCAGAGCUCAAGGAGCCCUUGGAGUUCAAGGUUCAGCCCCAGAUUGUGAGUGGGACAGAAAGCACAAGGGCAGUGCUCAAAUUAGAGCCAACCAGUGAUAAGACAGGAGUUUUUCAUGACUUCUUUCAUUUCCUGGAAGCCUUCUUACCUAAGAUGGUAGAGACAUUGCUAAAGAGUGAAAUAGGUAAUGUUUGAAUAGGAUCCGUUUCACAUAAGUUGCAGUUAAAGAAUUUGGGUUUUCUUUGUUUUCAGUCAAGGAUGAAUGAAACUCUUAAGAGUGAGAGAGCUUUACGGCGUCUUUAUAUUACCAGCCACCAACUGGCCGUUGCCAGUAGUAUUGUAUCUAUGGGUUUUGUCAGAAAUUUCAGUUUGUAAUAUUUUUGUGUAUAACGUAUGAGGUUUGGCUUGGUUUUAGUGCGUUUCUGUUGAAACUAGUGCUCUUACAUGACAAAGCUCUGAAGAGAAACUGCAGCUGCAGGCAUUUGGUGUACAUGACAUCUGAUAUUGUCUUCAAAUUAAUUAAAAAAAAAGUCUUUGUAAAACACUGACUAUCUGCUGUAGUUGUGAUCAGUCAGGACCAUAUGUACAUUUAUUUCUCCUUCAAUCAUCCUUUCUGUAACAGUCAAUUUUUCAUGACGCACAGUUGCAGGAAUGGGGUCAACGCUUCGGUUCAGCUUGUGUCACGUGCUGCCAGAAAAGGUCCACAGGAGUGGAGCUUUUAUCCAGUCAGGUCUUCGCUCAUAGGACUGAGACAGAUGAGAGUAAUUACUCAGGCAGGCAGACUGCUUUAUUACAGCAGGACAAGCAGGAGCUGAGGGAUGCACAGAGCUCCCAUGUGCUGAUUAACAUCAUUCAUCUCACUUUUAAAGGGAGAUACAGAUGGCCAGCAGCUUAGAUGGGGAUGCAGAGGCUGGUGGAGAUGGCUGUGGUGAUGAAGACGUUUGAGACCGCUGGGUUCAUGUUAAAUCUGAUGCUGGUCCACGUCACUGAUAAGAUGUUUGCUGUGGCCACGAAAUUAAAGAUAAAACUGUGGUGUAUGACCCAAGGACUCAAUACAUUUGUGGUCCAGCAGAGAUCAUAAUGUAUUUCUCGGUAAUAAUCAGAAAAUAGCAAAAUCUAAGUAACUGCUCCAAAGGUUAUAUAAAAAAUUAUCAAAACAUAGCUUUUUAGCAACGCUGUCGGCAUGGCUGUACUCUCUUAGUCUUGUUUUUUUUGGGUUUGUUUUUGUGUUUACUUUUGUGAGGUUUUGAUGGCAUACUACUUGAGCAUCAGCCAUUUUCUUUCACUGACACUCCAGGCCAUUCUAAUAUCGCCAUCCUGUGUUUUUCAGCCGGUGCUCCUGAUAUAUGGCCUCUCACACACACCUCUAAGCCAGAGAGUCAAAGUGAUUGAUAUCAAAACUGGGGGGUGUGUUUGCCGUUGGCCAAAAACAAGAAAAUAAACCGUUAUCUCAUAAGAAACCUUUUUU